CCGACUUUGUGAAUCUGUGUAAAAGCUCCGAACAACCUGUUAGCACGCAGCUCGCCAUUACAUAUUCUAAAUAAACGCACACACGUUCUUUUUCCUUCUCACUUAUCCCCUCUCCUGCCCAUUCCUGACUGUGGUGCUACUGUUCCGGGCUCUGUUUCUGUUUUACUGCCAGUGAUUUCACCAACAUAUUAAAACAGCGACCAUGCAGAAGGCCAAGAAGUACGACUGGAAGGAUUCAAAUCUUGCCCUCUUCGGGUCAGAUACAGAGAAACAGGUGAAGAAGGAAAGUGCGGAAAGUGAACCAGCCUGGAACGGAGCAGGUCAAAGUGUUGGCAUUCAGAUCUGGCGUAUCGUGAAAUUCAAGGUUACACACUGGCCCAAAGAAGAUUAUGGAAGUUUUUAUGAUGGGGAUUCUUACAUCAUCCUUAACACAUAUAAAAAUCCAGGCGAGGAAGAUUUAGAACAUGACGUUCAUUUCUGGAUUGGAGAGAAUUCCACCCAGGAUGAAUACGGUACAGCAGCGUACAAGACAGUGGAACUAGACACUCUGCUUGACGAUAAGCCUGUUCAACAUCGAGAAGUCCAGGACAAUGAGAGCGACCUCUUCAAAAGUUACUUCAAAUCUUUCACGACAAUGAGUGGUGGAGCUGACACAGGUUUCAGGCAUGUGGCACCAGAGAAAUACGAGACCCGCCUCUUCCACGUACGUGGCGAUAAGAAGACGGUCAAAGUGACAGAAAUACCUAUCAAGAAUGCACGCCUCGAUAGCGAUGAUGUCUACAUUCUGGAUACAGGACUCAAGCUGUACAGUUGGGUUGGCAGUGGAUCAAACAAAGAUGAGAGAUUCAAGGCCACACAGCGUAUACAAGCAAUAAAGAACCAGCGAGGAAAGGCAACAUCAGAAACCCUGGAUCAGGAUGAGAUACCAGCGAGCCAUGAGUUCUAUACAUAUGUCCCUUUUCCUUCGGACGAUGGUACAGACGGAACAAACAAUGGUGAAGAGGAGCAGGACACAAGUGUACCUUGUAUCUUCCAACUGAGUGAUGCAAGUGGACAAAUGGAAUUCACUAAAGUUGCUGAGGGCCAGCUUUCAAAAUCAGACCUUCAGUCUAACGAUGUGUUCUUGAUUGACGGACGUGUGAUAAAUGAUGGACCGAGCACGAAUAAGAGGAUAAAAAGCAACGACAGGCAUUUGUUUGUCUGGAUUGGCAAGGGGGCCUCUGUCGCCGAGAAGAAGAAUGCUAUGACAUAUGCCCAUGGAUACCUUCAGAACACCGACCAUCCUCUCCUUCCAGUCACGGUUGUGAAAGAAGGCUUAGAGCACAAGACAAAGGCAUUCGAGUCAGUUUUCCAUUAGAAGAACUUAUCCUAUGCAAGAAAGAGAUAAUAUCCAAUGUAUGGCCCUUCUCCCCUCGAAACUUAAACUAUUCUCCCAGACCCUAAUGAAAACGGCCAUGGUUGAAAUCUGGAAUUUAAUUUGUAGAAGCUUUAAAUAAGUCUCCUCAACAUUUGUUGUACCUUUUGCAUGGUCCUGUUAUGAUUUUAUUCUCUGUGAGUUCCAUUUUGAUAAUCGACUCAUGCAAUUGCAAUUAAAUGACAGCCACGUAAAUUGCUGAAAACUUGAAUGCUGCAAGUGGCUCAUGGAAUAUCUAUGUUAGAUAUUGGUGUAAAAUCUGGCUUCUCAUAAUUAAAUAACAAAUUUUGACCUUGGCAGAGAGAAACUGGGUUUACAAACAAAAUUCCUUUGCCUCAUGCUAUUAAGAUAAUAGCAACGGUCAUAUGUGAUAAGAAAUGGAAGCACUGUUAAAAAAUAUAUUGACAAAUUUCAAUAAUAUUUAAACAUAUGAAAUUCAUAAUACGACAAGUCCUAACUACAGCUUUGAUUUACCAAUAUGACCAAUCAGGUGAAUUUUCAUAUGAGGCAAAGAACAUGAGUUUUCGAACAAAGCAGAAUUUUUGUAUUAUAUACAGAGGUGCUCUUAAAUGAAGAAUACUUUGCAACACCAUGAAUGCCUGUAUAAAUAAUAUUUUGUGUAUAAGAAUGAUUUUAUAUCUAUAUAAGAAUGUCUUAAAGUUGUAGAUUUGCCUUGUAUUUGCACUUAGUAGUAGUGACACUUAGAGUAGUGACAAUCCACUUGACUAUCACAUCUUGACUAUCAUUUUUUUGUUUACUUUCUUUCACUUGCCAUCCUUUUCUUCAUUCCUUCCUUCCGUAUAAAUCCCUUCAUUCCUUCUCCUUCCCUUAUUUUUAUCACCAUAACUUUUCUCUCAAAUACACCCUAUAUCCCCUUAUUUUUAACAUAGAAAUGUAGAUUUGCACAGAGAUAAUCAAAUUUCACUGUAAUAAGUACAGACUUAUCUAUUUUAUAUUUGCAUUUGUACUUCAUAUUUCAAUCAGUUAGCUACAUAUGUUUUUAUUGUUGGGAGAUUACAGUCAUGUUGUAAGUUAGAUUAUUUAGUAUUGACAAGACAUGUGCUUCUUUCAUGACCAAUUGCUUGUGUAAAAUUUAAGUUUCUAAGUACUGUUUUAAUGCAUCAGUCAUAUCAACUACAGAGGCAAUUCAACAGGGGUGGGGUGGAUCAUGGGGUAGUCGCCCACUCUUUAAUUUCUCAAGUAAUCAAAGUAGAGAAACAAGGAAAGAAAAUAUGGAAUUAGUAGAAAAAAAUAAGUUAAAAAAUCAUUUGAAAGAAUAAAAACCCAACAUGAAAAGAGAGUAGGCCUACUGGGCCAUGUGACUACAUUGGCAUAACUUUUUUUUUAAUUCAUGUACAAUUUUACAUUUUUUUCUACUUUAUGUUGCAUUGUUAAUGUUAGACGCCUUGAGCUUGGUAUUGGUAUUUUCUUUGAGGAAAAAACCUCUAUCCACCCCCCCCCCCUCGUAAAAUGCAUGGCGCUACCCAUGACUAGAUACAAUCCUUACAGACAAUCUGAUCGCACGUUGCAAAUUAAUUGGUGUUUCCAGUUUUAAUAACAGUUUUCACUCGUUUCUAUAGUUUAUAACUGUACUACAAAAUUGUUAACUACAUGUACUUUGUUUGCAUGGGUGUAUCAAUAUUCAUCUUGGAUUGGAAUCAAGUUCAAUCAUUUUAAAUUGAGCAUAGAUGGAACCAUAACUUUAUAUUGUUUGUUAUUUACCCCCCAAAAAAUCAUGAUUCUUUUGAAUUCUGAAAACCCAAACCUGAAGACUAUUGAACAACUGUUAAGUAUAUUUAUCUAUACAAAACAGUAACUUGGUGCAUAUCUUUUUAUAAAAUAUACUUUUAUAUUGAGUUUUUUAUUUGACUAUCAGUGAUUUACAUACAUUUGUUUUAUAUAUGUGUAUAUUGCAGCUAUUGUUUGUUAGAAUUAACAAGCAAGUUCUGAACUAAAAUUUAAUUGAGAUAACAAAAUAUAUUAUUUAUUGUUUCCUGAUGAAGCAAAGUUGUCAUGCAUUUGAUGUAUGAUAUGUUUUUAAUUCAUCUUGUAAAUGAAAAAAAAAUUACUUUUAUUUUAGUACUCAAUUUAUGCACUUUCUGUACUUUUAUUGCAAUAGAGUCUACAUGUAAUUUCUAUUGGCAAAUAGAGGGCUUUCUUUAUAUAAGACAAGUACCAUUUACACGUAUGAAAUGUCUAUUUUGAUUAUAAACUACCAGGUGUCGUAGCUGAAAAUUAUAAAAUGUUGCACUUAACAAGGUGUUGAAUAAAAUGGAUCAUUACGUAAGGGAUAA